AUGUCCGCUGACUGGGGCUCGUUUUUCAAUUCCUCAGGUACUCGUUCCUCGCUCGACGAACCCAAGACCGGGUCCGUGAGCGGCGAUGACGAGGUUGUCGAACCCGACCAGGGCAAUGUCCUCUCACACAUCAUCUCCCAGCUCCGACCGGGCGCCGACCUGAGUCGAGUGGUGCUGCCUACUUUUAUCCUGGAACCGCGAUCGAUGCUGGAGCGGAUCACCAACUUCAUGGCCCAUCCGGAAACCCUCCUGCCCAUGCCCACCGUCGACGACCCGCUAGAACGUUUCGUCUCCGUGGUCAAGUUCUACCUGAGCGGAUGGCACAUCAAACCUCCAGGUGUCAAGAAACCGUUGAAUCCGAUCCUCGGAGAGACGUUCACCUGUUACUGGGACUAUCCCGACGGUACCCGCGGGUACUACAUCUCCGAGCAGACCUCCCACCAUCCGCCCAAAUCGAGUUAUUUCUUCAUGGCCCCCGAACACCACAUCCGGAUCGACGGAACGCUUAAGCCACGCAGCAAAUUCCUCGGCAACUCGGCCGCCAGCAUGAUGGAGGGGAUUGCGAUCCUGCGGUUCUUGAACCGCGGGGAGGACAAGGAAAAGGGUGAACGAUAUAUCUUGACGCAACCGAAUAUGUACGCCCGCGGUAUCCUUUUUGGAAAGAUGAAGUAUGAGCUCGGCGAUCACAGUUACGUCAGAUGUCCGGAGAACAACCUGGUGGCCGAUCUGGAGUUCAAGACUAAGGGCUACUUCUCCGGCACUUAUAACGCCAUCGGCGGAACGAUCAAGAACGAGAAGACGGGCGAGGUAUACUACGAGCUUUCGGGGCUAUGGAACGGAGAGAUGCAUAUCAAGAACGUCCAGACGCACCAAAAGGAGCUCCUGUUCGACGCACGUCAUGCGAAACAUACUCCUCCGUUGUCCCGGCCGAUCGAAGAGCAGGGUGAGCGCGAGUCGCAGCGUCUAUGGCAAAGCACCGCCAAGGCGGUCAUCGCCAUGAACCACGAACUAGCCACCGACGAGAAGACGAAAAUCGAGGAUCGUCAGCGAGAGGAGGCGGCCAAAAGGGCCGAAGACGGCGUGGAAUGGCAGCCGAAGCUGUUCCGUCGCGUGCAAGGAGGGCCGGGUGGUGUGGACGAGGGAGAAGAAGAUCUGGACUGGAUCAUCAACGCCCGAGUCGACCCGCACAACCCCGAAGGGGCUCACCAGCAGAUCCUGUCCAUUGCGCCCAUUCUUCCAGGUCAGACCGAACCCUCCCAGUUUCACAUCCCGCCUCACAAGCAGAAGGAGGAGCACGAAGCGCCGUCGGAUGAGACCGAGACCAAGCCGGCCAUGGCCCAGUCCCAGCCCCAGCCCCCUGUGAAGGACGAGGAAGAACCACCCGUGGAGCGGAGAGAUUCUCGCACGGCGGAAUUCAACGAGUACGUGAACGCCACGGACAAGCCCAAGCCCUGA